AUGUCUAAGGCCGACCGAGACAAAAGAACCAAUCUUCGCGAGUCUGUCCGAACGAGAGAUCUUAAAGUAGAGCAAGAUGAGGUGGAAAAAAACAAGGUCAAGGUCAAUGAUUAUCUGAUUAAAAAGGAUACGAAAAAGAAGUCGAAAAAGGAGUCAAAAACGACAACAAAAAAAGAUCAUGAUGGAGACAAAGCUAUGGAGGAUAAGAUGGAUAUUUAUGAUAGUUCUAGUGAAGAUGACGAGAGAAAUAAGAUGGAUACUGACAAUACUUCCAUUGAAGAGAACGCAAAGGAUAAAGAAGACUCAAAGAGAAAGAAAAAACAUAAGAAGAAGAACAAGAAAGAUAAGAGGAAGCAUAAGAAACACUCGAAGAAGAAUAAAAAGGAUAAAAAGAAGAAGAGCAAAAAGUCUCCAAAGGAGGAUGAUGCCAAGGUCUCCAAGGAUAGUAGCAAGUCGCCAAAGCCAAGCGACAGCGAGACCAAGAAAAGACAGGAUCAAGUUGAAAAGGCGCUCAAGAAAGAGUCCGAUUGGCAACUGAUUGAGCCAGAGCAGGGCUUUAGCAAAUUUGAUCUUGAUGCCAAUAUCGAAAUUUGCGAAAAAAAGAUCAAAGAUGGAAUAUACCCAGAUGUUUACAGGCGACAAUUGAAGGGUCUGUUAAAGGCCAAGUUGGAUCACGAACAAAUUCUUAACCAAGAGCCAGAUCCUACUCUCAGUACACAUGUCAAACUUCGACUGUUUGAGCUUAAGUUGAUCGAAAUAGAGCUCGUAAAACAGAAAGAUCCAUACCAGAGUCUAAGCAAUGUUCGUGCUAUCAUUAAAGCGUACCGCGAACACACGCUUGAAUGGACACCCGGAAAGGUGACUUAUUGGACACAUGGAACAAGAAUAAAUAAAGAGCCAGAAAUCUUUGACUUUGAAGACUUUGAAGCCUUGAAUUAUGCCUUAAAGGGUUACAAGGGUUUCUGGGUAGAAGGGUAUCAUGAAGUUGGACCUAUUGAUCAGCAGUUGAGACACAUCUCCUAUUCGGAUGUUGGACCGAUUUGGGCUUUCAGAAACCAUGUAGGUUGA